GACCAGGAGGAGAUCCCGACCCGCAGGUGGAAAUUACCUGAGGACAAAUCUGAGGCUUUUAGUUACUUGAGUACUUUCAUUUCCCGCUACAUUAUAAUCAAAGGGAAAUAUUGUAGUUUUUCACUCCACCACAUUUAUCUCCCAGCUUUAGUUAUUCAGAUUAUAGUACGAAAUCGAAUGUGUGUUGGUUAAGAUUACUCUCCAUUGAAAAUACACAAAUUAGUAAAGUAAAUCAAAUUAUUCAAACACAUUAAUGCAACCAAUAAUUAAAAUGCAAGGAUUCCAUGCACAAUAUGUAUAUUCCAUUUAAUAUCAACGUAACAACUCGUAUCCCCGGGUGAGGCUCUGCAGGCUGCGGGGAUGAAACGGUUAAGCGGAGACGCGGCACGUGCGUGACUCGCACGCACGCUGCGGCUCCUGCUGCUGCGGCAAUGAAGUCAAAUGUGUCAGUUUGCACCGGACGGUCGACGCGCGGUGGAGGAAGGAGACUGGCUGCAGACCCGGGACAUCCAGGACGAUUUACCGGGGGGGGAUGCGUCCGAUCCGCCGGCCUGCACGGCGAGGGAAGACACCGCGGAGCGCCAUAUAGAGCAAGAGCUGGCAGGAUCCUUACCGGUCAAUACACUGGGCAGCUGGGUGGUGGACAACAACAUCAACAACAACAACAGCAACAACGACCGGAUCAAACAGGAUCCAGAGGACUCGCGUCCUGCUGACGGAGACCCAAACGAUUGCGCGAAAGUAAAAGAAAGGAUGUUGACCAUGGAAACCCCCGAGGCCCCGGUGCGCCUGACGGUGCUGUCCCGCUGGUACCUCUACGCCAUCCACGGCUACUUCUGCGAGGUCAUGUUCACGGCCGCCUGGGAGUUCGCGGUGAACUGCAACUGGAAGUUCCCCGGCGUGACCAGCGUCUGGGCGCUCUUCAUCUACGGCACCUGCAUCCUCAUCGUGGAGCAGAUGUACCUGAGGCUGCGCGGCCGCUGCCGCGUGCUGCCCCGCUGCGUCAUCUACACGGUGUGGACCUACCUGUGGGAGUUCGGCACGGGGCUGCUGCUGCGGCAGUUCGACGCCUGCCCCUGGGACUACUCCGGCUUCCGCUACAACUUCAUGGGACUGAUCACGGCCGAGUACGCCGUGCCCUGGUUCUGCGCCUCCUUCAUCGUGGAGCGCCUGGUCAUCCGCAAAACGCUGCGGCUUCGGUUCCACGACGGGGCCGAGGACGGCUGGUCGACGCGCCGGUCGGUCGCUGCAGGAACUGCGGGAGGAGGGAGGAGGGGAAAGGAUGCUAAUGGCUUCCUCAAAGGAGAAUGAAGGAAGGGAGAAAACGGUCUCGAACGGGCCCCAGCCCCCUGCUACACGGCCCUUCCCCUCUUUCAACAGGCAGUUCCUCCACGUUAGCCGUUUGGAGGGGACCAACUAACCGCUGUGUACACCGGGCCGGUGAGCCGAGGUCCGCCGAAUAUCGUAACAGCCAGAAAACCAAACUCAAACGUGGUUUACAACUCAAAUCCAUCACCGUGCGCUCGGUCGUCAGCGGAGCCUCACACAGUUUCCAUGUGGCGUUGACCUUGUAGAGGUCAAGCUCAUCUUUGACCCUGAUUACAUAUCUCCUAUCACCUGACCUCACAAUAUACAAAAAAGUGCUGUUGCACAGGUUUGUUUUAUUAUCUUAUGAACAGAUUCAAGGACAAUAUGUCUGUUUUUCAGGGGCACAUCUGUCAGCAGAACGCUUGCUGCAUAGAAUCCUAAGAGGAAAGUUGAUGCAACACGCCCUGUUAAAAAGGAACAUAUUGUCCUUUAUUAUUAUUCAAAGUACUGUAGUAAAGUAGCCACAAAACGCUCUAACAUACCGUCCACGCUCAGGCUUUGCAUGUCAGCCUUCAUCACCACGAUUGUUUGUAGUGAACACCCACGAUGCCUGCAAAAAUAAUGCAUGAAAAACGUUGUCUUCCAAUAUUAUAUAGAAUUUUUACAAAGCUCAGUCAGAAGUCACACUGUGUGUGUGUGUGUGUGUGUGUGUGUGUGUGUGUGUGUGUGUGUGUGUGUGUGUGUGUGUGUGUGUGUGUGUGUGUGUGUGUAAAUGGUUUCUCAGGCAGUAGAGCCGGUCUACUGGUUAUUGUGGUCGGUUCCUGGGUUGCGUCCUCCUCACAGCAUGCUGAAGUGUCCUUGAGCAACACUCCAAACUACUGAGCCGGUGGUCGGCCUCGCAUGGUGUGUGUGUCUGGGUGUGUGCGCACUCUAACGUCAGAGUGAUUGUGAAGGUGAUACCUGGAUGCAGUCCAUUCGCCAUAAAAGCAGUGGCUCUUCUCUGAUUAGGAGUCGUAAGCAUCAGCAUGAUUAUUUAUUGUGUUUUUCAGAAUAGGUUUAUUCUUUUUCUUUUGUGUGCCGUAAUGUUGUCUCAGAUUUGCCGAAGUUUAAUAAUGAUGCAACUUUCUCGUGAGACAAUGUUCUCCCCUUUGUUUAGUCGUCAUGCCAGACUUCUUGAUUUGAAAAUCCAUCCAUUAAGAACAAAUGAAGUGUUUUUCAGAAUUGUCAGUUAGUUUGUAUGUGAAGGAAAUAUGCACCAGAAUCAAUAAUGAAAAGAAUCAAUGCUCAUCUUUCAUAACAGAUUAUUUGUGAGUCACAAAAUGUGUUUUUGUUUCUUCUGUGAAUAAUACCCGAGCAAACAGCUCGUUUCCUUUGGGGUUGUUACUCUUCCUCCUACUCACGUUCACAUUACAUGGGGCUGAUUCAUGUUUUCAUUAUUGGACACGUCCAUCAGCGAUUGCGAGGUACCAAAGGAUUGACUUUGAUACAUGAAAUGGAAACAUGGACUGACUCCUCAGGACCACCGUUAAUUCCUCAAACACGAUAUUCUGGGCUGACUUGUUGCUCAGCUUUUAUGCAAGUUAUGCAACCCCCCCAAACGCUACUGGGCUACGCGAGGGAGUGACCG